CUCGCCCGCCGCCCUUUUAGUCGCGGUCGGUCCCGCCUCUUUCGGCGGAGCUGAGCUGAGUCUUUCUCCGGAGCGCGUUCACCUACGCCGGCAGGCGCGCUCUCUCGAUCCCCUGAGCUGUGUGAGGGAAGGCAGGAGGCGGGGGCGCGCAAGAGCCUCUUGGAGGGGCGGCGGCGAGGACGGCGAAGUCGGUCCGGGGAAAGUCUCCACGCAGAGCCGGGACUGAGUCAGGCAGGGCGGGCGGAGCAUGGCGCUCUCGGUGCCGGUCAACGGGGUGAAGGAAGAGGAGGGGAACAGCAGGGAGCCGCUCAUCGAGCUCUUCGUCAAGCUUUGGAACAACAGGCCCCUACCCUGGCAGCCCUGGCUUCACAUCCAGCUCCUCAGGUGCCUCCCUGUAAUGCACCCCCUAAUUCUAAAGGCUGGCAGUGAUGGCGAAAGCAUCGGCAAUUGCCCCUUUUCUCAGAGACUCUUCAUGAUUCUUUGGCUCAAGGGAGUGGUGUUCAGUGUUACGACAGUGGACUUGAAAAGGAAGCCUGCAGACCUUCAGAACUUGGCUCCAGGGACUCACCCACCCUUUGUCACAUUUAACAAUGAGGUGAAAACCGAUGUGAACAAGAUUGAAGAGUUCCUUGAAGACGUCCUCUGCCCACCCAAAUAUGCAAAGCUUUCACCAAAACACCCAGAAUCCAACACUGCUGGAAUGGACAUAUUUGCUAAAUUUUCUGCAUUUAUCAAGAAUUCCAGGCCAGAAGCUAACGAAGCCUUGGAGAGGGGCCUUCUGAAAACACUGCAGAAGCUGGAUGACUACCUGAACACUCCUCUCCCGGAUGAGAUUGACGAGAACAGUAUGGAGGAUGUCACAGUGUCUACUCGCAAGUUUUUGGAUGGCGAUGAGAUGACGCUAGCAGAUUGCAACCUGUUGCCCAAACUCCAUAUUGUCAAGGUCGUGGCCAAGAAGUAUCGCAACUUUGAUAUUCCCAAGACAAUGACGGGGAUUUGGAGGUAUUUGACCAACGCCUAUGGCCGCGAGGAAUUCACCAACACUUGUCCUGGAGACAAAGAGAUUGAAAUCGCAUACAGCGACGUAGCAAAGAGACUCACUAAAUAAGCAGCCCCUCGUUGCACAUCCAUAACAAAAUGCUUCUUUUAAUAGACUUCUCCUUUUUUGUCCUUUUUAAGAUAGCAAUUUACUUUGCAUGAACUUGCAGUUAUUCAUUGUUACGUCAGGUAGACCAGGUACAGCAAUCUGUUUAAAACUUGCAAAGGGAUGGCUUGCUGCGUACUAGUUUUGCCUCCUAUAGCAAGCAAGAUGAAUGCAGUGGUUAAUGUUGCAGUGAAGCAAUUCUGGAUCCAACCCAGACCCUGGGCCCAUGGCAGUCCGCGGGCCAGCUUUCCAUAGUCAGCAGAAUCCGAGUGGUUAAAACGUUUUUUGCAGACUGAACAACUUCAGGCUGGGGGAAUGGGGUCCAUGUUUUGAAUACUCCCUCUGGCAUGAUAUGUGUAGGGAGUAUUUAUUUGAAGAGGCAGGCCUCACCUGCAGCCUGGAAUGGUUCAGUCUAGGAAGAAGCAAUUCUGCAGAUGGUAUAAACUGGCCUUUUAGGUCUCGGAAGAGACCUAGAAUUCUCAAAACAUUGUAGGAGGAGUUUUUGUUGUAGUUCAAAGACUAUUUAUACCAGAGCUCCCUGAAAUACUGUACCUGCCAGUCUGUCUGAACUGUGCACCAAAGGCUUUUAUUGCCACCUUGGAAAGAAGUAACUUUCAAGACGUACUCGGGCAAAUGUCUUGCAAAGGUCCUCUUGCUGAUGAGGAGGACACAUUGCAUAAACCCAAUAGCCUGAGGCUACAGCUGCAAGUGGCUUCUUUUUAAGGCCCUAAGAGCCUCAUCAAUAUAUAGGACUCUUCUCUAAAUGAUAUUCAAAACCUGAGCAGUCAAGCAACUUAGAUAAGCGCUAAGUUUUUAUUCAGUAAAUAAUUGCUCUUACGUUGCUAGCUAGAAGUGCAGCAGUUGACUGCUGGAGGCGUUUCCCUUCUUGCUUCACUAAAGUCAGGAUCUUGCAAAGGUUUUACACACACACACACACACACACACACACACACACACACACACACACACAUAUAUGCGCUCAAGUGACCUUCAGAAACCACCUUCUUUGCCUUAAUGGGCCACAUAUGUACUUCAUCACUAUUUUCACCUGUGAAGCGAGUGGCACAUGAUCUAUCCCCUCUUGUGUUAGUUUUUCCAUUCUGAGUUGUUUGUUGCACAUGUUCCCGAUCUCCAGUGUUUCACGCCACAAUCAUAUGUGACAGAGGUCAAGUUUUUUGUAUAACAGCGUUAAGGAAUAGCACUGUAACCUAAAAAAGCAAUUUUUGUGUUGCUAAAUGGGGUUUCGUUAAUAAAAAAGACAAGGGUUUGAGGCAUGGAGUAACCUUUCUAUUGAUUCUUAAAUGCCAUCAAAGACUACUCCAAAGCACACCAGUCUCUCCACCAUACCUUUUUGUAACUUUUACAACAGCGCAUUUUUAAAAAGUUAAAAUGUAAGGCCACUUUUCUUAACAGCUUUUUUAAUAUCUAGAAGUUGGUGAGUGCUAUUCCUUCCAGGUUUGUGCAACCCAGCUUUGUUAGUUGGGAAGCAGGUCCUUCGGAGUGCAGUCGGUCCUCCUCCCAAGUCAGUGUGCACACGUUGACUGCCUGAGUUACUAAGUCAGUAGUGCAGAGGAGGAUUGAAGCCUUUUUGUACAAUAACUUCCUGACAAGAGACCUGGGUGUUAGGAGCCUUGUCUCUCUCCCCACCCCACUCCCCACCACACACAAGUAUCGUAUUUUUUAUGGUGUGAUCUCUCAAUCAAAUUAGCAGAAACAGGUGAUCGCUUUGUAUUUCUUACACAUAGGUUUGCGGUGCCUUCUAGCUUCUUCCUAGAUUUAAAAUGUCCAGUAUUAUAGCAAGAUUUGUUCUGUGUUGAUCUCAUUGCUGAGUGUGACCACUUCAAGCAUCCUGCAACUUGGGCACAAACCUACCAUCUUCUCAGUAGUGGUUCAUCUCCGUGAGCUGGGGCGGGGGGGAUGCCAGAGGAGAGGCGCAGCUGCCUCUGCUUCCCAGAAGCAGCUGUAGCUCUACCUGAUGAAUGGCCAGCCUGCAGGCAGCAUGGCUCUUGGAUGGGGCAGGUGAGAGAGGAGGGAGCAACUCGAGCUCCUCCUGGAAAGCAGGCAGCUGUACUUCCUUUGGUGCCUUCCCCCCAGCCCGUUAAGAUAGGACCGGCCGCGACUGCCUUUUAUCACACGUUUUAUUUCCGGUUACAGCUUAGACUGACUUCACAUGUCUGAGACCUGCUCCCAACUCCUGCUGACCUUGCCCCCCUCCACCUCUUGAUGGUGCAGUUGGUCGAUUUGGUGUGCAGAUUCAGUAAUCGCCUGGCCAAAUGCUAGAACUGCACUGGGCAAGCGUGGUGGCGGACCAGCUGCAGGUGACCACUGCUGAUCUUUAGUCUAGCAAACCACCGUAUUUGUUCCCUGCCCCGUUGUCUUCCCACACAAACUGGCUGCUCGGUGUCUGUAUAGCAAGGCAAAAAAUUUAGGCCAGUGUUUUGCCCCCCCCCUUCUCAAUAUGAAUUGAGAUCUCUUUGGAAGGUACAUUCAGUCAUUGCCUCCCAACUGCAUCGGUCAAAGGAAGAAGCCGCUUGCCAGUUUUUCAAAUGAUAUUGUAAAUAACCCAGGGAAACUUUGUUUCCAUCAUUUGGUGCUGAUUAUGACUUUGCGCUAUUGCAAACUUAACAUUUGAAAUACAGGAAGUGGUUUAAAUCUUGCACGCCUAAUCGUAUUAAGCUGGAACCAGCAAGUCCUUUGGACACAGUUCAGGAAAAAGCCUUAUCUCCCAAGUACCAAUGUACAUAUCAUGGCCCAUUGUGUGCCCAGUUAUCCAUGUGUGUGCAAUUGAAGGAAUUGUUCACACAAAUUAGGAUGUCUGUGUCCAGUUGGGUGACUUUAAUACCGCAUGUGGACAAACAUAUUUUUAUCCUGGGGGAAUGGGGCAGGGGCUUCUCAACCUCUCUUUUAAUUGAGUUUCAGGGAUUCUACUUCCAGCCAGCAAAAUCUUCAGCACUAGAGGCCCCCACCCUCAUAACCCCUUCCCCCAACGGCAGUCUGCAGGCUUGUGAUUGUGUUUAGGGGGCCCCCAUGAGUCGGAAAUAUGAGCAGAGACUAGAUUCCUAAAACAGAGUUCCUAAAACAGAGUUGCCAAGAUCAUGGGAAUCACUUCAAUCCUGUGCAUGCAACUUGUCUUGAGGAAAGUAAAGGACCAUCAGAGAGGGAGUCUGACUGUCUUGCCACACGUGGCAAAGUUCAAAUUUGAAAUUGGACUCCUAAAUUGAAUUCCUGAAGUUCAAAUUUGAAAUUGAAGUUCAAAUGGGGAAUUGAGGCACUUCUUUGCCUAAAUAUAGGCACACACACUUUCAGAAUGCCAGUCCGUGUAGGACCUGCAGAUGUAGCCAUGGAGUUGAAAGAUGUUGUGUUGCUAUAAGACUAGGCGAAGUAGCAGAUUUUCCUUUAAAAUCAGCAGUGCAGAAGAUGCAUUUCCUAUUGCAUUAGCCACAGAUCACUUUCAUGUUAAUGAGGCGUACACAGGAGAUGUCCCCCAUAGUUAGGCUGUGUGUAUGUGCCAUUUUGGAUUUGGGAACAGGGCGGAGAGGGAGAGCACGUGCUUUUCAUGUAGAAGGUCUUGGAUUCAAUCUCUGGCAUCUCCAAGUAGGGCAAGGAAAGACCCUGUUGGGUUCUGCCCUCCAGGUCGGGCAAGGAAAGCCUUGGAGAAGUCACUGCCCAUCAGUGUAGGCCAGGGCUUUACAACUUCAGCCCUCCAAAUGUAGCUCCCAUUAUCUUACAGUGGCCAGUUGCCGGAGAUGAUGGGAGUUGUAGUCUAACACUUUCAGGAGGGCUGAAGUUGUGUGGUGUGGACAGGACUGAGUGGGGUGGGCCAACCGUCUGGUUCUGUAUAAGGCCGUUGCAGGUUGAAAUUAAAGCUGACAUUUAAAACAACCUUGAGAUGGACGAAAAAGUGCCCUGCUUGGGCAGAAGAAUUAAAAAAAUUCAAGUACUUAUUAAAAACACACACACCCUGCAAUGGCAUGUAUCUCUUUAGAAGUGUUUCCCUUUUCUGUAGGAAUGCCAUUUCUAAGGUGCCUGCAGAGAGGCAUCAUUUAUCUAAGCAAAGUAUGUUGCUUGGUGCCGAAUCUUUUUACCCCUAUGCAUAUAAUUCAUACGGAUAUCAGUUGCUUAUGUUGGUUAGACCUGGGGUUCCGAAGCUUGGGCCCCCAGCUGAUGAUGGACGACAAGACCCAUAAUCUCUUCAGACAAUGGCCUUCAGCCACUGGUGGGGAAUGAUGGGAGUUGUAGUCCAACAUUUGGGGACCCAGGUUUGAAGAGCCCCAGGGUUCUCACCAUCUGGGUGUCUAGGCCUCAGUAAAAGGCCUAGUGGAAUUGAGGGGAGUCUAUGCCACAAGAGCUUAGGGUGUGUGGGCACUUAAAUUCUCUGGCAGAUGCAUGUGGCCUGUAUGCAGCAGGGCUGUGUUGAGCCCUCCCCCCUCAAAUGGGCCACUCAAGGAUAUUUCGGCUCUUUCCCAUGAAAUUUAACCUAAAUGUUCCUUGCCAGAAGAGGGUAAUGCUAAAGCAACUUCCUAUGCUGAAAAACUUUGGCUGUAAAUCACAGAAGAUGUCUUGUCCCACGUGAAACCACAAGUGCUCAGAUACCGUGAAGUUCUUCGUGCUUUUGAGCAUAUCUGACAAGAAUGUUAUUUCCAAGUUGGCCGGGGGGUGGUGGUGGUAUUUUCAGCACUUCCUGCUCAACUGUUGUAUGGGCUGUGGGAUUGGGGUAGGGGGCAGAGAUUCCCAGAAGGGGCAGGCCAUUUAGUUUUGGCUUCUGUAUAGAGAGAUGCUUGGGAUCUCCAUACGGCACAUUGUCAUAUGCUUAUCUGUUCACUUUUCUGGAAUAUCUUCUACAGAUAUACCAGCAAACUGCUGGCAGCUAUUGUUAAAAAAUAAAAUUAUAUUUUUCACUUAAA